AAAAUCGUUGAUCCACAUUAUUCUUUUUUCUUGCAAUUGAUCAAUUGAAGCAACCCACCAAGAGCUAUUCUUGACCCGAUUAUCCCCGGAGACAUUGGGAAGCUUUGGCGUAGAAAUACGAGGAGCACGUAUUUGGCGAGGAAUAAGAAGGCUAUAGCGUUGGAGGAGAACCGAAGUCCUAGGAACGAAAACAGCCGUGAGGAGUAGAAUCAAAACUGGUCGAGGGCAAACGAGAUAUCGAGGAUUAGGCUGAAGGUUGCGCUCGAGCUAUCAGCUAGUUAUUCGCGGCUUUGGGUUGCGGCAGAAACGGGCAACCGACGAAGCGAGAAGUAGCGACGACAAGCCGUUAUUACAGACCACAGGUUUGGACGAGGGGACGACAUAACGACGAUUAUAAGUAUACCUGAUACGCAGGCUUAAGCACGAUGUUUACACCUACCUUCCGCGGCCUCUUCACGAGGCUCCCAUCGACUACCCCUCUCUCUAGUCUCUUCCAUGGCCCGUCCUCCAGUCGGACUGCUGCCGCGACGGCUGUAGCAGCAUGUUCAUCGCCUUUCUUCUCCACACCCGUUUCUCGGCAGAUACAUACAACAACUCCUCAGAAUGCGAGAGUCGGUGGUGGAAAAGGUGCCAGUGCAAAAGGUGCUAGUGCGAAAGGUUCUGGUGGUAAAGGCUCUGGUAGGAAGAAGCGCAAAGGAGGGAAGGGUGAGGGUCCUGACCCCAGAAUCAUGAACCUGAAAGCUUCAAUGCCCCGUGCUGUUCCCGCCCCUCUGAGAUUUGCGCGAAAUCGUGCGCUGCGUCACUGGACUAUUCAUCGCGCUUGGUUAUUGUACCAGCGCAAGGAGCGGGACAGGGAGGCGCAUGAGCUGGAGCGGAUGUAUCAAUCGAUGCAUAAUGCCUGCGAGGAAUUGCGCAAGACAAGUGGACCUGGCACGCGGGACGAGGGAUACUUGUAUCGUGUGGCUAUGGAAAAGAAAGGUGUAUACGGACACAACAGCAUCCCGAUCGAGUAUGCGAGACCACAGACGGAAACACCGGCUCGCGAGCCUUGGAACCACGGCUGGACCCGGUGAGGAGUCCUCAUCCGGCCCGCAUCCGAAUUCCCGGUCUAGAAUAC